AUGCGCCCCUGUACCGCCUCCUCAUGCUGCUGCCAGGCCCGUAAUCUGCCAUGGGCCCCCGUACCGACUCCUCAUGCUGCUGCCAGGCCCGUAAUCUGUCAUGGGCCCCUGUACCGCCUCCUCAUGCUGCUGCCAGGUCCAGAGUGUGUCAUGGGUCCCUGAACGGCCUCCCAUUGCUGCUGUCUCUAUCGCCACACUCUGCCAUGUUGGUGUGCCACUUUCAGGUCUCCUCACACUGCUGGUGGUUUCCAUUUUUGUCAUAGGGUGCUGUAUGGCCUCCCAUUGCUGCUGCCUCCACCGCCACACUGUGGCUCCACACUCUGGUUUUGGCCCCGUGACUGCCCAAAUGAGUGAAGUGUGCGGUGAUUCUAAGAUCGACGGCACUCAUCUGCAUGUCAUACUGACUGACAGUAUUAUUUCUCUUCCCCAGCAGACUCCAAGGGCAUUUAAAUUAAAGGUACAGUGUUCAGCACUAAUAUUA